AUGUCUAAACCUAAAAACUGGCCAGAUGGCUUCCCUUAUCUCAAAGCGCCUCUCCAUGAUAGGAGCUUGACCCCAACACAUAUCCAAACUCUCAAAAGUAAACCUUCUCCGUUAAGCGACAUCCCCAUCAUUCCAUCAGCCUCAACAACAACGCCAUGCAACCUGGUCAAGAUUCAACCCAUCUCCAACCCCUCACAUCCUGCCAACGGUCAAUGCGGCCUCUUCGCAGCGCAGAACCUCGCACCUGGUAGUUUCAUCCUCGCGUAUCUGGGUCGUGUCCAUUCAGGCACUGCAUCAUCGACUGAGAGCGACUACGACUUGUGGCUGGACCGCGAGAUGGACGCGGCGGUUGAUGCGGCCAGUCAAGGAAACGAAGGGCGCUACGUGAACGAUUUCCGAGGCGUGGGAUACAGGGCUAAUGCAGAGUUUCGGACGGUCUGGUGUGAGAGGUGGGGAGAGUUUUGUGUGGGAGUUUGGGUUCUGGGAGGUGGAAAGAAGAAGAAGGGAGUUGGAAUCAAAAAGGGAGAAGAGAUUCUCGUCAGUUAUGGUAAAGGAUUUUGGGGGGAGAGGCAAACGGAGGAAUAUGAAUACGAGUAUCAAGAGGAGCAAGGCGAGGAUAGCAAGGCUGAAGAGAAUAAGUAA